AGAAUUCAUUUUUUUCACAAUUCCCAAGCUACGGCGUUCAAGGCAUAAAACAGAUCAAAUUAUCGACAUGAUCUCAUAGCCUGUAAAUUGCAAUUUUUCACUAGGAUAGUAUGUAUCAAAGUUCUCAAAAAGUUCUUUUAGUUAUGUCUUCACAUUACAUCUUAGGUAGUCUGGUAUUUUCAACUUUGUGGAAAUAAUUCUUAGGACUUUGUGCAGGAGUAAUCAAGUUCAGAUAUUUAGCUACGUGAUACGAUAAAAAAAAAAAACAACAAAGACUAGCCUAAGGGAUAUACCGGUGUUUAGUGGCGAUCGCUAUGGUUACAACGGCGUGAUUGGAAAAAUUGAAAGUUAAAUAAAUCAUCCUUUGCCCUCACUUCGCUUUCGCAUGUGUUCCUGAGUGCAACCCCAGAGUCUGCAGUGAAAUUUUUUGGAAGGUAUCUUGAAAACGACCACGUUUGCAACGAGUGGCAACAUGGCAACAUUUUAUCUCAUCGCGAAAUUGAUGAUGCUUCAAGUAUUGGUAUUCUCGUAUGAUGUAUCAUCAAGCACUACGAUGACCCAGAUGAAUGCAGCCACUCCAAGUAGCAUUGUUGUAGCCUCAACAACGGGUUCAAUAGUUACCUUGACAUUAAGAGUUACAACUAAUUGCAGCGGUGUUAGGUUGAUGAUGUUAAACGACAGCUUGCAGAACGAUACAAAAGCCAUAUACAUUGCCGAAGGAUUCCCGAUCAAGUCAGUGAUAACACAGAGUAUUAGCUGCAAUUCAUCUUUAAAUAUCACUUUAGAACUGUCGUUUGAUACCGGAAUUCCAUCAGAAAAAACCAUUGAAGAGGUGUUUCAGGCUGCGCUCAAGGACGGAAACAUUACCAAUUUAACAGAAAAUAACACAAUCUACACGUUUAGUUGUUCAAUAGUUAUCUUGACAUUAACAGUUACAACUAAUUGCAGUGGAAACAGAUCGAUGGAGUUAAACGUCAGCUUGCAGAACGACAUCAAAGACGUAUACAUUGCCGAAGGAUUCCUGAUCAAGUGGGUGAUAAUACGGAGUAUUAUCUGCAAUUGCUAUUCAUCUUUAGAUAUCACUUUAGAACUGUGGUUUUACACCGUCAAAAUUCCGUCAAGAAAAACCAUUGAAGGGGUGUUCCAGGCUGCGCUCAAGGACGGAAAUAUUACCAGUCUAACAGAAAAUAACACAAUCUACACGUUUAGUAAUGAAUCCUCACUGAGCACUAUGAUGACAGAAAUGUCAUCUACACCCACCCAAAUGACAUGCACUCCAAGUAGCAGUGUUGUAGCCUCAACACCAGAUGAAUCUUCAAGCACUAUGAUGACAGAAAUGUCCACUACACCCACCCAAAUGAUAUGCCCUCCAAGUAGCAGUGUUGUAGCCUCAACACCAGAUGAAUCUUCAAGCACUAUGAUGACAGAAAUGUCUACUACACCCACCCAAAUGACAUCCACUCCAAGUAGCAGUGUUGUAGCUUCAACACCAGAUGAAUCUUCAAGCACUAUGAUGACAGAAAUGUCUACUACACCCACCCAAAUGACAUCCACUCCAGGUAGAAGUGUUGUAGCCUCAACACCAGGUCCAAUAGUAAUUCUGAUGUUAACAAUUACAACUAAUUGCAGUGGUGACAGAUUGAUGACCUUAAAAGCUAGCAUGCAGAUCGACAUCAAAGACCUAUACGUAGACGAAAAAUUCCCGAUCAAGUCCGUGAUAAUACAGAGUAAUAACUGCACCUCGCAUUUAAAUAUCACUUUACAACUGUCGUUUUACACCGGAAUUCCGUCAGGAAAAACCAUUAAAGGGGUGUUUCAGGCUGCACUCAAGGACGGAAAGAUUACCAAUUUAACAGAAAGUAACACAAUCUGCAACAUCAAGUUUACUGGUAAGUGAACAAAAUAAAUAAGUAUUAAUUAGAUCCUCUUGCAGUUGGUCGAUUUAAGUUCACUUACUCUUGGGUAAUCACUGAAUCUGUUUCGGUCAGCCACUGAGAGGUACAAAGUAGGCCUGUCGGUUAAAGCCAUUAGAGGAGAGAAGAUUCCGUGGAAAAUCAUUUACGCGACUACUUACAGAGGAAUGAAUCGAAUAGGAAGAUGGCGGAUGGCCGAGUGGUUUACGGCCAUUAUCCACUAUCUCACGGGAAUUGUUUUCGGUAGUCCCAAAUUCAAAUCCUUAAGGUGGCUGAACACAGUUUUUGAUACCUGUGGUUCAUUCACCUUUU